AGAGGUUUGACGAGGGCCGUCCUGUGGGUCAGGAGUCAGUCCCUCCUCCUCCUCCUCCUCCUCCCUCACAAGAAGGGAUCUGCCCCCCACCCCUCGGGCCCCUGCUCCUGCCUGUGCAGACCGACCACAGAGCGAAGCAGCAGGCAUCAUGACAGCGCUCCUCGGCAGAGCGGCCGGGACGAGGUGCCAGCCGCCGCCGCUGCUGCUGCUGCUGCUGCGGGCCGGGACGCACCCCCGCGGCUUCCGCCUGACUCACCGGGACGCAGCGCGCCCGCCGCCCGCCGCCGCGCGCCCCUUGGAGGGAGGCGGCGGCGCGGGCGCGGCGGACGGACCCGAGGUGGAUUCGAAGCGGCGGACGGAGGGAGACGAUGGAAUAGUGGAGGUGCUGAUGUGCCGACACAAGGCAAGGAACGCUCUGGGCCAUGUGUUUGUGUCACAGAUGAGGGAGCUGGUGUCCACUCUGUCCAGUGACUCUGCAGUGCGCGUGGUUGUCUUCAGGAGUUUAGUGCCGAGGGUUUUCUGCGCAGGUGCAGACCUGAAAGAGAGAGCGCUGAUGAACAACACUGAGUCCGACCUGUUUGUCCACGGCCUGCGUUCACUCAUGACUCAGAUAGCAUCGUUGCCCAUGCCGACCGUCGCAGCCAUGGAUGGCGUUGCCGUGGGAGGGGGGCUGGAGCUGGCCUUGGCCUGUGACCUGCGCACUGCCGCGUAUUCGGCACAGAUGGGUCUGAUUGAGACGACACGGGGGCUGCUCCCAGGGGCAGGGGGCAGUCAGCGUCUGCCCAGGAUUGUCGGCAUCACCAGGGCCAAAGAGCUCAUCUUCACAGGCAAGUGUGUGGGGGGGCAGGCAGCUCUGGAGAUGGGGCUCGUGAACAGAGCUGUAGAGCAGAACCACACAGGAGAUGCUGCCUACAGAGAGGCACUCAGCCUGGCCAGAGAGAUACUGCCCCAGGCUCCCAUUGCUGUGCGAAUGGCAAAAGAAGCAAUGAACAGCGGCGCGGAGGUUGACAUCACUUCGGCGAUGGCCGUAGAAAGGAUGUGCUACGCUCGGGUCAUCCCCACACGGGACAGACAGGAGGGUAUGGCCGCCUUCAUAGAGAAGAGACCUCCUCGGUACACUGGGGAAUAGACUCUUCUGAGUUAUCAAGCCUCUCUCCCACACCGAUGCACAACCCCCCCUUUGACCUUGUGUCUGAUGGAAAAAUGAACGCCGAGUGAUUGACUGUGUGCAUCCUGGGAAGUGUCAACACAUUAGAUAAGGUCGACUUGAGUAGUGAAAUUCAGGAUUAGAGCGACAAAAGGCAAAUUUUGGUGGGAUUUCUCAACCAAUCAACAAUACUGUAAUUGACAAUAAGACUUUGCUAUUAGCCGUUCAUACUUUUAUUUAUCGGUAAUAGGAACAUUAUCCCUGGAAGAGACUGAAUAAAAAGUGACAUCUCCAGUUUA